CACACACACACGUACCGGACCGCGGUGCACUCGACACACACUGCGACAGUGGGAGCUCCCACGGUGAGCGCUAACCAUGGCGGAUGGGGGAGAAGGCGAGGAUGAAAUCCAGUUUCUGCGAACUAAUGAUGAGGUGGUUCUACAGUGCUCGGCCACAAUCCAUAAGGAACAACAGAAACUCUGCCUGGCAGCUGAAGGCUUCGGAAACAGGCUGUGCUUCCUUGAAUCCAUCUCAAACUCGAAGAAUGUACCUCCAGAUCUUUCUAUCUGCACUUUCGUGUUGGAGCAGUCGCUGUCUGUUCGAGCCCUUCAGGAGAUGCUGGCAACUACUGAGGAGAACAAUGAGGGCACGGUCCAAGGAGGUGGCCAUCGCACUUUGCUAUAUGGGCAUGCUGUCCUUCUCCGUCACUCUUACAGUGGAAUGUACUUGUGCUGUCUAUCUACCUCCCGCUCCUCCACAGACAAGCUAGCUUUUGAUGUGGGGCUGCAGAAAGACACCACGGGUGAAGCAUGCUGGUGGACCAUUCAUCCAGCAUCAAAGCAACGUUCCGAGGGAGAGAAGGUCAGGGUGGGAGAUGAUCUCAUCCUUGUCAGCAUCUCAUCUGAGAGAUAUCUGCAUCUAUCCUAUGGCAACGGCUGUCUGCAUGUCGAUGCCGCAUUUCAGCAGACACUUUGGAGUGUUGCUCCAGUCUGUUCUGGCAGCGAAGUAGCACAAGGUUUUCUAAUAGGUGGGGAUGUCCUGCGCCUCCUUCAUGGUCACAUGGACGAGUGUCUAACCGUUCCAUCGGGGGAGCAUGGAGAGGAGCAGCGGAGGACGGUGCAUUAUGAGGGUGGAGCAGUGUCCAGUCAUGCCAGGUCUCUGUGGAGGCUGGAGACACGGCGAGUUAUGUGGAGUGGUAGUCACAUUCGCUGGGGCCAACCCUUCAGACUGAGACAUGUGACUAGUGGGAAGUAUCUGAGUCUGACAGAAGAUAAAUCACUACUGCUUAUGGAAAAAGAAAAUGCAGAUGUCAAGUCAACAGCCUUUUGUUUCAGAUCUUCCAAGGAAAAGGUUGAGAUUGGUGUGAAAAAGGAAGUGGAUGGCAUGGGAAUCCCGGACAUUAAGUAUGGUGACUCAGUGUGUUACAUUCAACACAUUGACACUUGUCUGUGGCUCACAUACCAGACUGUUGAUGCCAAAAGUGCACGCAUAGGCGAAGUUCAGAGAAAGGCCAUCAUGCACAACGAAGGUCAUAUGGAUGACGGGCUGACUCUGUCCCGGUCACAGCAUGAAGAGAGUCGCACUGCCAGAGUAAUUCGCAGUACUGUGUUCUUAUUCAACCUCUUCAUCAGGUGUCUUGACACAUUAAGAACAAAAGGAAAGACAACAAAUUUUGAUCUACCAAUUGACUCAAUCAAUCUGAGUCUGCAAGAUUUGAUUGGAUACUUCCAGCCACCUGCUGAUCACCUUGACCAUGAAGACAAGCAAAAUCGCCUACGAGCUUUGAAGAACCGGCAGAAUCUAUUCCAAGAAGAGGGAAUGAUCAGCCUGGUAUUGAAAUGUAUCGAUCGGCUGCACGUCUACAGCAGUGCAGCUCAUUUCACUGAAGCAGCUGGAAGGGAGGCAGGAGAAGCCUGGGGCUCCAUCCUUAACUCUCUGUAUCAACUUCUAGCUGCACUUAUCAGGGGCAACAGAAAGAACUGUGCUCAGUUUUCGGGUUCCUUAGACUGGCUCAUUAGCAGACUGGAGAGACUGGAGGCCUCCUCUGGCAUUCUAGAGGUGCUUCACUGUGUGCUGGUUGAAAGUCCUGAAGCAUUGAACAUUAUCAAAGAAGGACACAUCAAGUCCAUAAUUUCUCUUUUGGACAAACAUGGACGCAACCACAAGGUUCUUGACGUGUUGUGUUCGCUUUGUGUGUGUCAUGGUGUGGCAGUACGCUCCAACCAGCACCUGAUCUGUGACAACCUCCUGCCAGGAAGAGAUUUGUUACUCCAGACACGUCUGAUCAAUCACAUAACCAGCAUACGUCCCAAUAUCUUCCUGGGCCUCAGUGAAGGCUCUGCACAGUACAAAAAGUGGUACUAUGAGCUGAUUAUAGACCAAGCGUUGCCAUUUGUUACAGCCGAGGCAUCUCAUCUCAGGGUGGGUUGGGCCAACACAAAUGGCUAUGUUCCCUCCCCCAGCGGUGGGGAGGGUUGGGGGGGAAAUGGUGUGGGGGAUGACCUCUACUCCUUUGGCUUUGAUGGACUCCAUCUUUGGUCAGGUUGUAUUGCAAGGACUGUUACCUCACCUAACCAGCACCUUCUGAGAGCAGACGAUGUGGUGAGCUGCUGCUUGGACCUUAGCGUGCCGAGUAUCUCCUUCAGGAUCAAUGGCCAACCGGUUCAGGGCAUGUUUGAAAACUUCAACUACGAUGGCCUCUUUUUCCCUGUGGCCAGUUUCUCUGCCGGAGUCAAGUUUCGUUUCCUACUUGGAGGUCGCCAUGGAGAGUUCAAGUUUCUCCCUCCUCCAGGGUAUGCUCCUUGCUUUGAGGCUGUGCUGCCCAGGGACAAACUGAAACUGGAGCCCUGCCAACACCAGACAGCAGGAAGAGACCUUUUGGGGCCCACUGUCACCAUGAGCCAGGCGGCGUUCACACCCAUGCCUGUGAACACCAGCCAGAUCACUCUCCCACCUCAUUUAGAGAGAAUCCGGGAGAAGCUUGCAGAAAACAUUCAUGAGCUGUGGGUGAUGAACAAGAUUGAAUUGGGCUGGACCUAUGGUGCAGUACGAGAUGACAACAAGCGGCAACACCCGUGUUUGGUGGAGUUCUCCAAGUUGCCUGAACAGGAACGAAGCUACAAUUUACAGAUGUCUUUGGAGACCCUCAAAACUCUUCUCGCUUUGGGGUGCCAUGUUGGUCUUGCAGAUGAAAAUGCUGUAGAGAAAGUCAAGAGCAUGAAGUUGGCACAAAACUAUGAAUUGUCCAGUGGUUACAAACCUGCUCCUCUUGACCUUGGUCACAUUAAACUCACCUCCACGCAGGAAGCAAUGGUGGACAAAUUAGCUGAAAAUGCACACAACGUCUGGGCAAGAGACCGCAUCCGUCAGGGUUGGACCUAUGGCAUUCAACAGGAUGUAAAGAAUCGUAGAAAUCCUCGUCUAGUCCCCUACAGUCUUCUGGAUGGAAGAACCAAAAAGUCCAACAAAGACAGUCUAAGAGAGGCUGUCAGGACUCUGCUGGGUUAUGGAUAUAACCUGGAAGCUCCUGACCAGGACCACGAACAAUUUGAUGCCAACAAUAUAUCUGCUGAAAGGUUUCGGAUCUUUAGAGCUGAGAAAACCUACUGUGUUAAUGCAGGGAGGUGGUACUUUGAGUUGGAGGUAUUAACAGCAGGAGAGAUGAGGGUUGGCUGGGCACGACCCGGUUGCCUACAAGGCCAAGAACUGGGUUGUGAUGAUCAGGCCUUUGUCUUUGAUGGAUUUAAGGUUCAGCGCUGGCACCAGGGCAAUGAGCACUUUGGGCGUGCGUGGCAGACAGGUGAUGUGGUUGGCUGCAUGGUGGACCUGAAUGAACACACCAUGAUGUUCACCCUUAAUGGAGAAGUGCUGCUGGAUGACACUGGCUCAGAUCUCGCUUUCAAAGACUUUGAUGUUGGUGAAGGUUUCAUCCCGGUGUGCAGUGUGGGUGUGUGCCAAGUUGGGAGGAUGAACUUCGGUAAAGAUGUGAGCACCCUGAAAUACUUCACCAUAUGUGGUCUGCAGGAAGGUUACGAACCUUUUGCUGUCAACAUGAAUCGGGACGUCACAAUGUGGCACAGCAAGAGAUUGCCACAGUUUGUACCUGUACCCACUGACCACCAACAUAUAGAGGUGACAAGAAUAGAUGGCACUGUGGAUUUGUGCCCUUCUCUAAAAGUCACUCAGAAGUCAUUUGGUUCGCAGAACAGCACCACAGACAUUACUUUUUACAGACUAAGUAUGCCCAUUGAAUGCGCUGACUCCUUCUCCAGGUCGUCGUCAAACAGCCUUAUGUCACCAAAGAGAGAGCUAGAUGACUUUGAAACUGUUUCAGACUUUGAGGUCCUAAUAAAAACAUCUCAUGGUCACAAUGGUCCUAGCGGCCCAGACAGGGCUGAAUUCAACAACCACAAAGAUUACAACCAGGAGAAAACUUCUAAGCUUAAACAAAGGUUUAUGCUGAAGAAGAAUAAACCAGACAACUCCUGCCCCUCUUCUUCUCGUCUGUCAGAAGACGUGAUGGCUGAUGACAGGGAGGAUUUUGAAUUCCUCAUGCAAGCUUCAACUCACUCUUACUCAGUGAGAAUAUUCCCUGGUCAGGAGCCCAGCAAUGUAUGGGUGGGCUGGGUCACCUCCGACUUCCAUCAGUAUGACCCACACUUUGAGUUGAACAAGGUGCAAACUGUCACUGUAACUUUGGGAGAUGAGAAAGGCAAAGUUCAUGAGAGUAUAAAGCGCAGUAACUGCUACAUGGUGUGGGCUGGAGAGAGCAGCAGUCCAGGUCAAGGAAGGCGAAACAAUGGUGUAGAGAUUGGCUGUUUGGUCGACACAGCAAAUGGACUAUUGUCCUUUACUGCAAACGGCAAAGAGCUCAGCACAUACUACCAGGUGGAGCCAAGUACGAAACUCUUCCCAGCUGUCUUUGCCAAAGCUACCAGCCCGAGUGUUUUCCAAUUUGAAUUGGGGAGAAUUAAGAAUGUGUUGCAUCUGUCAGCUGGUCUAUUUUCAAGUGAGAGAAGGAAUCCAGUCCCCCAAUGUCCUCCACGGCUGCAUGUACAGUUUCUGACUCCUGUAUUGUGGAGUCGUGUUCCCAAUCAUGUUCCAAAGGUUUCAGUGUCCCGAGUAAAUGACCGACAUGGCUGGUUGAUUCAUUGCAAUGAACCUCUACAGUUUUUGUCUCUGCACAUACCUGAGGAGAACAGGUCACUAGAUGUCCUGGAGCUAUCAGAGAGGAAGGACUUAUUAAAGUUUCACUAUCACACCCUCAGACUAUACUCAGCAAUCUGUGCUUUGGGAAACAAUCGGGUGGCUCAUGCCCUCUGCUCCCAUGUGGAUGAGGCACAGCUCCUGCAUGCAAUAGAGAAUAAAUAUAUGCCUGGUUUGCUUCGCACAGGCUACUAUGACCUCCUGAUCGACAUCCACCUUAGCAGCUAUGCGACAGCUCGCCUCAUGAUGAACAAUGAGUACAUUGUUCCAAUGACAGGAGAAACCAAGAGUAUAACCCUGUUUCCUGAUGAGCAGAAGAAACAUGGCUUGCCUGGCAUUGGUCUCAGCACUUCCCUAAGACCCAGAAUGCACUUUUCAUCUCCCAGUUUUGUCUGUGGCCCUGGAUCGUCAUCUCGAUCCAAUUGCAACAACGGAUCAGGAUCAGGAGAGUCUUACCAGUACAGCCCUGAAUUUCCCCUGGACAAAUUAAAAACAAAAACAAUUGAGAUGUUGACAGAGGCAGUAUGUGAGGGGAACAUGCAUGUAAGGGAUCCAAUAGGAGGCAGCACGGAAUUUCUCUUUGUCCCGCUCAUCAAGCUGUUUUACACCAUGCUAAUCAUGGGUGUAUUCCAAAACGGAGAUUUGAAGAACAUACUGCGGCUGAUUGAACCAUCUGUGUUCUCCGAAAGAUGUGAAGGACAGGAUGACAUGCGUGGGGAGGUGGGAAGGAGAACGGAGGGAGAAGAAGAGGACUUGCCCAAAGAAGGAUUGUUGCAGAUGAAACUACCGGAACCUGUAAAACUUCAGAUGUGUCAUGUUAUGCAGUACCUAUGCGACUGCCAGGUGCGUCAUCGUAUUGAAGCAGUAGUGGCCUUCUCUGAUGACUUUGUAGCCUCCCUCCAAGAAAACCAGAGGUUUCGCUACAAUGAGGUGAUGCUUGCGCUGAACAUGUCUGCUGCUCUCACUGCCAAGAAGACCAAAGAGUUCCGAUCCCCGCCUCAAGAACAGAUCAACAUGCUGCUGAACUUUAAGAACGAGAAGCAAGUGUGUCCCUGUCCUGAAUACAUCCAAGAACAGCUUCUUGACUUCCAUGAGGACCUCAUGAGACACUGUGGAAUAGAAUUGGAUGAAAAUGGCGUUCUGAAUGGAGACAGUGAUUUCACCAUUCGAGGUCGACUCAUGUCGUUGGUGGAAAAAGUGUCUUCCCUGAAGAAAAGGAUGGCCAACCUGCCCAAGGAAAAAGCAGAUCGAAAACCUAGUACGUUACAACAAUUGGUUUCCGACACAAUGGUUCGCUGGUCUCAGGAGUCUCUUAUUGAGGAUCCAGAGCUCGUCAGAGCCAUGUUUGUCCUGUUGCAUCGACAGUAUGAUGGCAUUGGAGGACAGGCUCGGGCGCUUCCUAAGACCUACACAAUAAACUCUGUAUCGAUCGAGGAAACCAUCAAUCUACUGGCUGCUCUAGGUCAGAUCAGAUCGCUGCUGAGUGUGCGCAUGGGUAGAGAGGAAGAGAAACUUAUGAUCCGGGGCCUAGGUGAUAUCAUGAACAAUAAGGUGUUCUACCAGCAUCCUAAUUUGAUGAGAGCUCUGGGGAUGCAUGAAACUGUCAUGGAGGUUAUGGUGAAUGUACUCAGCGGAGGAGACUGCAAGGAAAUCACCUUCCCUAAAAUGGUGGCCAACUGUUGUCGUUUUCUUUGUUACUUCUGUCGAAUUAGCCGUCAAAACCAGAAAGCUAUGUUUGACCAUCUGAGCUACCUACUGGAGAACAGCAGUGUUGGUCUAGCAUCUCCAUCGAUGAGAGGGUCCACCCCACUUGAUGUGGCGGCUGCGUCAGUGAUGGAUAAUAAUGAGUUGGCCCUUGCUUUGAGAGAGCCAGAUUUAGAGAAGGUGGUGCAGUAUUUGGCCGGCUGUGGACUGCAGAGCUGCACAAUGCUAGUACGUAAAGGAUAUCCUGACAUCGGCUGGAACCCUGUGGAAGGAGAACGCUACCUGGACUUUCUGCGCUUUGCUGUAUUUUGCAAUGGUGAAAGUGUGGAAGAGAACGCUAACCUUGUGGUGAGACUUCUGAUUCGCCGGCCAGAAUGUUUUGGCCCUGCACUUCGGGGAGAGGGGGGUGAUGGAUUGCUGGCAACGAUGGAAGGCGCUAUUAAGAUUUCCCAGGAUCCCUCUCAAGAUGGUCCUUCUCCAACAUCAGAGAGCAACAAGAGUCUCAGUGAUGGGUUUGAGGAAGAAGAUGAUACCAUCCACUUGGGGAAUGCCAUCAUGACCUUCUACGCGGCUCUCAUUGACCUGCUUGGACGUUGUGGUCCAGAGAUGCAUUUGAUACAUGCCGGUAAAGGUGAAGCAAUCCGCAUCAGAGCCAUUUUAAGGUCUCUUAUUCCCAUUGAAGACCUUGUAGGUGUCAUCAGCAUUCCAUUCUCUAUGCCAAGUCUGGGUAAAGAUGGGAUGGUGUUGGAGCCAGACAUGUCAGCUGGUUUCUGUCCAGAUCAUAAAGCUGCCAUGGUCUUGUUUUUGGACCGGGUAUAUGGUGUAGAAGACCAAAAUUUCCUCCUUCACCUGCUAGAAGUCGGCUUCCUACCAGAUCUUAGAGCUGCAGCUUCUUUGGACACUGUUGCCCUCAGUGCCACAGAUAUGGCUCUUGCCCUCAACCGGUAUCUGUGCACAGCAGUGUUACCACUACUGACGAAAUGUGCACCACUGUUUGCGGGGACAGAGCCAUUUGCGUCACUGAUAGAUUCCCUCCUGCACACGGUUUACCGUCUGUCCAAAGGCUGCUGCCUUACCAAAGCCCAAAGAGAUUCCAUUGAAGAAUGUCUUCUUGCAGUUUGUGGUAAACUGAGGCCUUCGAUGAUGCAGCAUCUUCUGCGGCGGCUUGUGUUUGACAUUCCCUUGCUUAAUGAACACACCAAGAUGCCUUUGAAGCUGUUGACAAAUCACUUUGAUCGUUGUUGGAAGUAUUAUUGCCUGUCUGGAGGUUGGGCGAGUUUCGGAGCAGCAUCAGAUGAAGAGCUCCACUUUUCCAGGAAAUUGUUCUGGGGAAUAUUUGAUGCUCUGUCUCACAAGCCGUAUAACCAGGAGCUGUUUAAACUGGCGUUGUUAUGCCUCAGUGCAGUAGCAGGAGCUCUUCCUCCAGACUACAUGGAGUCGAACUACAUGGCCAUGAUGGAGAAACAGUCAUCCAUGGACUCAGAAGGAAACUUCACUCCAAAGCCUGCAGACACUGCCACUGUGACUGUCCCAGAGAAACUGGAUCUUGUCAUAGCCAGAUAUGCAGAACAUAACCAUGAGAAGUGGUGUUUCGAAAAGUUUUCCAAUGGCUGGUCAUAUGGGGAAGACAUAUGCGAAACCUCCAGGAGCCACAUUUUACUAAAGCCCUUUAAAGUGCUUGCUGAAAAGGAUAAAGAGUUAUACUGCGGGCCAAUCAGAGAGUCUCUGAAGACAAUGUUUUCCUGGGGUUGGAGCAUCAACAGGAUUCGAGAGAGUGACGCUGCCAAUCUCAAUAACAAAUCUCGGAGAAUAUCACAGGCCAGCCAGCUUUCCUUUGAAGGAGCUCAGGUUUUCAACCCCAGUCCAAUUGAUAUGAGCAAUGUUACACUGUCCAGGGACAUGCAGUCAAUGGCAGAGCUGCUUGCAGAAAACUAUCAUAACAUCUGGGCCAGGAAAAAGAAAAUGGAGCUAGAAGCCAAAGGUGGAGGAAAUCACCCACUAUUGGUUCCCUUUGAUACAAUGACUGCCAAAGAGAAAUUACAAGACAGACAAAGAGCACAAGACAUGUUCAAGUUCCUCCAGAUCAAUGGUUACACUGUGUUGAGGGGUGUGCAAUUGCAGGAGUUGGACACACCAGCCAUAGAGAAACGAUUUGCAUACACGUUCCUUCAGCAGCUCAUCAAAAAUGUAGACCUGGCCCAGGAGCACAUGAUGGAGUUUGACACUGAAACACGACCAAAAGGAGUGACGAUUCCACAUGAACAACAAAUGAAGUUCUUUGGAAAGAUUGUCUUGCCAUUGGUGGAUCAAUACUUCAAAAACCACCGGCUGUAUUUCCUAUCCACAUCAAUCCAUCCAAUUAGCAGUGGUGGACAUGCUUCCAAUAAGGAGAAAGAAAUGGUGACAAGUCUUUUCUGCAAACUGGGAGUACUUGUCAGAAAUAGGAUAUCCUUAUUUGGUAACAACGCCACAUCCAUUGUCAACUGUUUGCAAAUACUGGGGCAGAGUCUGGAUGCCAGGACAGUGAUGAAGACAGGAUUGGAGUCGGUCAAGGCAGCAUUGCGGUCAUACUUUGCCAGUGCAGCAGAGGAUCUGGAAAAGACCCAAGAGAACCUGAAGCUUGGCCAAUUUACUCACAGUAGAGAGCAGCCCCGAGGUGCCACUCAGAUCAUCAACUAUACCACUUUUGGCCUGCUUCCCAUCCUGUCUUCUUUAUUUGAACACAUUGGGCAGAACACUUUUGGAGAAGAUUUGAUAGUGGAUGAUGUCCAAGUUUCCUGCUACAGAAUCCUGCGAAGCCUCUACUUUCUGGGAACCAAUGAAAGUAUCUAUGUGGAAAAGCAUCGCCCGGCAUUAGGAAAGUGUUUGGCUUUUUUUACAACAGCCUUCCCGGUUGCCUUCCUUGAACCUCACAUCACCAAGUACAACAGUGUCUCAAUCUACAACAACAAAAGACCAAAAGACAGAACAGCUCUUGGUCUUCCAGCGCAGGUUGUAGAUGUUUGUCCAAUGAUUCCAAAUUUGGAGAAGUCUCUGGAGGAAAUCAUGGAGGUGGCAGAGUCUGGCAUGAAAUACACUCAAAUGCCGCAUGUCAUGGAGGUGGUUUUACCAGUUUUGUGCAGCUACAUGUCUCACUGGUGGGAACACGGACCAGAGAACAACCCAGACCAAGCUGACAGCUGCUGCACAUCUGUGACCUCUGAACAUAUGAACAUGUUGCUUGGAAACAUCCUAAAGAUCAUCUACAACAACUUGGGCAUUGAAGACGGGGCCUGGAUGAAAAGACUAGCUGUCUUUUCUCUGCCAAUCAUCAGCAAGGCCAAAGCCCCAUUACUCAAGACCCACUUUCUGCCUCUGAUGAAGAAACUCAGAAAAAAAGCAGCAGUCGUGCUGAUGGAUGAAGAGCAAAGCAAGGCAGAGGGGAGGGGUGAGAUGUCAGAAACGGAGCUUCUUAUUUUGGACCAAUUCUCUGUGCUCGUCAGAGACCUCUAUGCCUUUUAUCCACUCCUCAUACGGUUUGUCGACUACAGCAGGGCCACAUGGCUGAAAGAAUCUAAUCCAGAAGCCGAAGUGUUGUUCCGAAUGGUGGCUGAAGUGUUCAUCUUCUGGGCAAAGUCUCAUAAUUUCAAAAGAGAGGAGCAGAAUUUUGUGGUGCAGAAUGAAAUCCACAACAUGUCCUUCCUCAUCUCGGAUUCCAAGUGUAAGAUGUCAAAGGGAAUAGUUUCUGACCAGGAGAGGAAGAAGCUGAGGAAAAAGGGGGACAGAUAUUCUACGCAAACCAGUUUGAUUGUGGCAACUUUAAAGCGUCUGCUGCCUGUUGGACUCAACAUUUGUGCUCCUGGGGAACAAGAGCUGAUUGCACUUGCUAAAAACAGAUUUAAUCAGAAAGAUACUGAGGAUGAAGUGCGUGAGGUCAUCAAAAACAACUUGUAUCUACAGGGAAAGUUACAGGAUCCAGCCAUUCGAUGGCAGAUGGCACUGUACAGAGACAUUCCGAAACACUGUAACUACACCUCUGACCCAGAGAAGACCGUGGAAAGAGUUUUAAACAUCGCUCAUGUCCUCUUCCACUUAGACCAGGUUGAACAUCCUCAGCGCAGUAAGAAGGCUGUGUGGCACAAAUUACUGUCAAAACAGAGAAAGAGAGCUGUGGUUGCUUGCUUUAGAAUGGCUCCCCUCUAUAAUCUGCCCAGGCACCGGGCUGUCAACUUGUUCCUGCAGGGCUAUGAGAAAUCUUGGAUUGAAGCAGAAGAACACUUUUUUGAAGAUAAACUAAUAGAGGAUCUUGCUAAAUCAAGUGAACUAGAGCCGUUUGAGGAGGAGGAAGGAGUGAAACACAUCGACCCCCUACAUCAGCUCAUCCAGCUCUUCAGUAGAACAGCCCUCACAGAGAAGUGUAAACUGGAUGAAGACAAUCUCUACAUGGCUUAUGCUGACAUCAUGGCCAAGAGCUGCCAUGAUGAAGGAGAUGAAGAUGGAGAUGAAGUAAAAAGUUUUGAAGAAAAGGAGAUGGAAAAGCAGAAGUUGUUAUAUCAGCAAGAACGGCUGCAUGAUCGCGGGGCUGCUGAGAUGGUCCUUCAGACCAUUAGUGCCAGUAAAGGUGAGAUAGGUCCUAUGGUGGCCUCUACUCUAAAACUGGGCAUUGCUAUACUUAAUGGAGGAAACUCUACAGUCCAACAGAAAAUGCUGGAUUACCUGAAGAACAAAAAGGAUGUAGGUUUCUUUCAGAGUCUUGCUGGCCUCAUGCAGUCAUGCAGUGUUCUUGAUCUAAAUGCAUUCGAGAGGCAGAACAAAGCAGAAGGACUUGGAAUGGUGACCGAGGAGGGAUCAGUCAUCACUCAUGAGCGUGGUGAGAAGGUCAUGCAGGAUGAUGAGUUCACCUGUGACCUUUUCCGCUUCCUUCAGCUACUCUGUGAAGGACACAACUCAGACUUCCAGGACUACUUAAGGACUCAAACAGGGAACAAUACAACUGUCAACAUAAUCAUCUCCACUGUCGACUACCUUUUAAGAGUCCAGGAGUCUAUUAGUGACUUCUACUGGUACUACUCUGGGAAAGAUGUCAUUGAUGAACAAGGGCAGAGGAACUUCUCAAAAGCCAUUAAUGUGGCCAAGCAGGUUUUCAACACACUAACUGAGUAUAUCCAGGGUCCAUGUACCGGCAAUCAGCAGAGUUUGGCACACAGUCGCCUGUGGGAUGCAGUGGUUGGGUUUCUUCAUGUCUUUGCACAUAUGCAAAUGAAAUUGUCUCAGGACUCCAGUCAGAUUGAGUUACUGAAGGAACUGAUGGAUCUUCAGAAAGACAUGGUGGUCAUGUUGCUUUCUAUGCUGGAGGGGAAUGUGGUCAAUGGCACCAUUGGAAAGCAGAUGGUCGACAUGCUUGUGGAAUCCUCAAACAAUGUAGAGAUGAUUCUGAAGUUCUUUGACAUGUUCCUCAAAUUGAAAGACCUCACCUCCUCAGAUGCCUUCAAAGAGUAUGACCCUGAUGGAAAAGGCGUCAUCUCCAAGAGGGACUUUCAGAAGGCUAUGGAGAGCCAUAAGCACUACACAAAGUCUGAGACAGACUUUCUUCUCUGCUGUGCUGAGACUGAUGAAAACGAACUUCUCGACUAUGGGGAAUUUGUGGAACGCUUUCAUGAACCAGCCAAGGAUAUUGGCUUCAAUGUGGCGGUUUUGCUGACCAACUUGUCGGAGCACAUGCCUCAUGACACCCGGCUACAGACCUUCCUGGAGCUGGCAGAGAGUGUUCUGAACUACUUCCAACCCUACCUGGGUAGGAUUGAGAUCAUGGGCAGUGCCAAGCGGAUUGAGAGAGUCUACUUUGAGAUCAGUGAGUCCAGUCGAACACAGUGGGAAAAACCGCAGGUUAAAGAAUCAAAGCGCCAGUUCAUCUUUGAUGUGGUGAAUGAAGGAGGCGAGAAGGAAAAGAUGGAAUUGUUUGUGAAUUUCUGUGAAGACACCAUUUUUGAAAUGCAACUUGCUGCUCAGAUGUCAGACAUUGGCGAGCGCUUUGCGGUGAAAGAAGAUAGUGAGCAAGACAAUCCAAAUGUGGAAAAUCCUGAGAUGGGUUUCUUCUCUUUCACCAUGGUCCGCAUGGCACUGAUAGCUCUUCAGGGCAAUGUCAUGCUACUGAUCAAGGUGCUGUCCGUGAAGAGUUUGAGGAAGCAGAUGAAGAAGAUAAAGACUAUGACAGCCAAAGACUUAGUGACAACCUUGGUUUCUUUCUACUGGUCAGCGCUGCAAGGCCUGCUCUGUAUAGCGUAUAGUGUGGUCCGAGGAUUUUACAGAAUUUUCUACAGUAGCUUCUUAGGAGCCAAUCUAGUUGAUGGGGCUAAUGCCAUAAAGGUGUCCGCGCCACUGGCUAACAUGCCUGACCCUACUCAGGACAAAGUCCGGGGCGAUGACGAAGACAAAGACAGGAAAUCAUUUGACAGGACCUCAGUGAAGGAGGACCUGGCAGAAUUGGCUAUCAAUACCAGCGACACCGAACUGCUUUCCGACAUCUUUGGGCUGGAUUUACGGCGAGAAGGAGGACAAUACAAAAUUACCCCGCACAACCCCUAUGCCAGUCUGACUGAACUUCUCAACUCUCCGCUUCCUUCACCAUCAUUCUCAGCUGCCUCAAUGGCGCCUCCCCCUGGGCUCCAACAAAAGCAUCAGAAGAAAAAGGGACCAACAACAGACACUGCAUGUGAAACGGACAUAAAAGGUGAACCUGGUGAUAAACAAGAGAAAAAUGAAAAGAUAAAGACAAAGGUCAGAAGGCGCAAGAUCUUAAAAGAAGAGUCUGAUAUGCAGGAGUCGGCAGUAAUAAAGAAAAUUAUUGCCUACCAGAGAAAACUCCUGAAUUAUUUUGCCAGGAACUUUUACAACAUGAGGAUGUUAGCUCUCUUCGUUGCAUUUGCCAUAAACUUCAUUCUGCUAUUCUAUAAGGUUUCUACAUCCUCAACAUCAGUAGCUGAGGAAAGGGAAGUGGUGCACUCCAGCAGCCAACCAGAAAGCAGUAUUCAAUGGGAUGCAUUGGGUGGCGAGCCAAUUGUAGAAACAAAAGAUGGGGUAAUGGAUGACACAAGACAGCUCUUGAAGUCCGUCAUGGUCCGCUUUGUUCUGGAAGAAGGCAGUGGGUACAUGGAACCCAUGCUGCGGAUCUUGGCUAUCCUUCAUACUGUCAUCUCUUUCUUCUGCAUCAUCGGAUAUUAUUGUCUCAAGGUUCCACUGGUGAUAUUCAAGCGUGAGAAAGAGAUUGCCAGGAAGUUGGAGUUUGAUGGUCUUUACAUUACCGAGCAGCCUUCGGAGGAUGACAUUAAAGGGCAGUGGGACAGACUUGUUAUCAACACACAAUCUUUCCCGAAUAACUACUGGGAUAAGUUUGUGAAGAGAAAAGUGAUGGAUAAGUAUGGGGAAUUUUACGGCCAUGAUCGGAUCAGCGAACUGCUGGGAUUGGAUAAGGCUGCUUUGGACUUCAGCGAUGCUUAUAAAAAAAGAAAGCCAAGGAGAGACAGCUCACUGGCUGCUGUGCUCAACUCGAUUGAUGCUCAAUACCAGAUAUGGAAGCUGGGAGUAGUGUUUACUGACAACUCCUUCCUGUAUCUGGCCUGGUAUAUGACCAUGUCUAUUCUGGGUCACUACAACAAUUUUUUCUUUGCUGCACAUCUGCUUGAUAUUGCAAUGGGCUUCAAGACGCUGCGGACCAUUCUGUCAUCUGUAACGCACAACGGAAAACAGCUGGUGUUAACAGUUGGCCUGUUAGCUGUGGUGGUGUAUCUCUACACAGUAGUGGCCUUCAACUUCUUCAGAAAAUUCUACAACAAGAGUGAAGAUGGAGAAUUACCUGACAUGAAGUGUGAUGACAUGCUAACAUGCUACAUGUUCCACAUGUAUGUGGGUGUUCGCGCAGGUGGGGGCAUUGGUGACCAGAUUGAGGACCCAGCAGGAGAUGAGUAUGAGAUCUACCGCAUCAUCUUUGACAUCACCUUUUUCUUCUUUGUCAUCGUAAUCCUUCUGGCCAUCAUUCAAGGUCUUAUCAUUGAUGCAUUCGGAGAACUGCGAGAUCAACAAGAGCAGGUGAAAGAGGACAUGGAGACCAAAUGUUUUAUCUGUGGAAUAGGCAAUGACUACUUUGAUACAGUUCCACAUGGCUUUGAAACACACACUCUACAGGAGCACAACCUGGCCAAUUACCUAUUCUUUGUGAUGUAUCUUAUCAACAAAGAUGAAACAGAACACACAGGCCAGGAAUCUUAUGUGUGGAAGAUGUACCAGGAGCGCUGCUGGGAGUUCUUCCCUGCUGGUGAUUGUUUCCGGAAACAGUAUGAAGAUCACCUCAACUGAUCCAUCUACGGGAUUCCGUCUUUUGUGGCCGUCCUUAAAGCACACGUGCUUCUAACUGUUUUGGCCAAACAGUAACAAAACUAUUCCAACCCAGGCAGAGAGGACCAACGUAUCUGAACUGUAAACUCAAGACCGAUGACGACAGGUGUUCAUCCAAGAUCUUCCUCAUUCAGCCAACUUCCAGCACACUCAUUUGGGAAUGCUUUGUACAUAAUAAAUAACAUAUUAUAACAUGUAUAUGAGACUGUUGGCAUGUAACAACUGUCUUGCUCAAAUAAUGAUUUUAUUGUAUUUCCCGUCACAGUAACAAGCAAGGAAACAAAAGAAAACACAAAAGGAGCAACAGAAAUAAGGAAUUGAUUGAAGGUUUACAGAGGCGGGAGAUGACAAGACCUUCUGUGUACUGUACAAAACUCCCACUGCAUGUUGAUACAGGAAGUGGGCCAAGUCUGCAAUAUAUCUUUGACUACUCUUCUGCUGUUAGCAUUCAUAACUGGUUAUGCUACUCAAAUUGUGCUAAUUGGAAAAGACUGCAUGCAACAAAAGAGCAGGAAGAUGAUCAAAGAUGCCAAAACACAAUACUUUUCUAGAUUUUAACAAAUAAAACUACUUUAUUGGUUUGGAUUAAAAUAAAAGUCAGAUGUUAAUAUCUUACCUGCU